AUGACAUCCGAUCGGAUUCGAAUUCCUGCGGCCUCAUCAUCUUUCCCUCAAUAUGGUGACAUUCUUCCUGAUCUCAUGCUGAGCUAUGUUGACUUGCCAGCGUCUUUGAAGAGUUGUUUUGUAUAUUGUUGCAUUUAUUCAAAGGAUUAUGAGAUAGAAAUGGACUUAUUGGCCAUGCAAUGGGUGGCGCAUGGAUUGAUUGAGGAAAAGAAAGGCAUGGAUGUGGAAGUGACAGCAAACCAAUGUAUUGAUGAUUUGAUAAAUAGGUGCAUGACUGAAGAAACUGAAGAAGGGGAUGUAAAACUGCAUGACACUUUGCAUGACCUUGCCUCAUAUAUAGGUAGAAAGGAAUAUAGCCAUGCCUCUCCUACUGAGCACACCAGCCAUCUGUCAUUGCUUGAUGUAGAUGAUGCAGAGACGUCCAUGCAUAAUGUUUCAUUAGUAGCAAAUAAGUUGCACACAUUGUUCUGUGCAUUCUUGCCGUCGGAACAAUUCACCAACAUCAAGUGGUUGAGGGUGUUGUCAUUGGAGGAAUGUGAAAUGGAUGAGCUGCCAAAUUCCAUUGAAUGUGUUUCACUACUAAAGUAUCUCAAUCUAAGCUAUUCAGAUGUGAAACGGUUGCCCAGUUCAAUCGACAGACUUUGGAACUUGCAAACGUUGGAUUUAAGUUAUAGUAAAAUUGAAGAGGUGCCCGAGGAAAUAGGUAAACUAUGCAACUUGAGGUAUCUUGGGCUGGAAGAGGAUAGAAGAGGAUGUAAUAUUAAGGUACUAAAAGACUUGAACAACCUAACGGGAAAAUUGUCCAUAGAAGGUUUGGGGGCUGCUAGAAAGGAAGUCAAUUUAGGAGAAGCCCAAUUGCUUAAGGAGAAGCAUCUUCUAACUGGUUUGAAAUUUGACUUUGAGGAACAACAUGAUGACAAAGUUGCUGAUGCUUCUGAACAGAGUUGUAUACUGGAGGCUUUGGAACCUCCACAUUGCCUCAAGAACUUGAAGAUACGUCAUUAUAAAGGAGAGAUGCCAAGUUGGUAUUUGAAGACCGACUACACCAAGCUGCGGAUAUUGAAGCUAGAAAAUUGCCCUUUAUCGGAAAAACUAAUAAGCAUUACUUCAUUGGAAAAACUAGAGCUCAAUAAAUGCCCAGCAGUGUGUGAAAUAGCGAGCAUGCCUUCUCUCAAAUCCUUGAAGAUUGGGAGCUGUGAUGGACUCAACACAAUUGGUCAUGACAUGCCUGCCUUGGAGUCAUUGGAGGUGGACGGAUGUGGUAGACUAGAGCAAGUAGCUGAUGAUCACAUGCCAGCUUUGAAGAUGUUGAAUUUGACUAAUCUGAAGGCUGUGAAGCAGCUUCCUACUCAUCUUCCUUCACUUGAGGUACUGACAGUACAGGAUUUGCCCAAUUGGGAGGGAUGGCCAGCAAUUGGAUCGAGGGAAACAACAAUUUCUAUGCCACGCUUAAGAGAGGCGGGUCUUGAAAAUUGUCCAAAGAUGCAAACACAAGGCUUGCUUUAUGCUCUAUCCGAGCAGGAGCAUGACUAUGAGCCUCGGCUCCAAGAAUUAAGAGUGUGGGAUUGCCCAAGUGCAAGAUUGGGAUGGAAAUUGCUCAAGCAAUUGCCUAACCUCACUGACUUGAGAUUGGAUAGGGAAGCUUUGGAAUCUACACUGCCAUCGCCAUUGCCAUCAGAAGUAUCAACGUUUCUACCCUCCCUUGAGCAUCUAACUUUGACAGACGCGAAUGUUGAUAAGCUAAAAUGGGGAAGGGUGCCUGAGUGGGUGUGGGGUCUCUCCCAACUAGAUUCAUUAGGCCUGCAAGGUUUCACUGAGGAGAUCAGCUUGGGAGGCCACUGGCAGUGUCUACAAGAACUGGUGCGUCUGGAGCUUUAUGACUUUCCCAAUCUCAAGUCCCUGGUGGACAUCAAUAAUACUACUUCCCUACAAAAUGAUGCAGUAGCCACAACAAGUCCCACGGAUGCAAAGGAACAGCUUGCUUGCCUCUUGAAUCUUGAAGACCUAGUUGUUUCCUGCUGCCCCGCAGUCGAUCUGCCGCAAGAAUUAAGGGACUCUCUUGAGGACAGGUUACACAUAGAAACAGAAAGGGCUUGA